AGAAUCAAACAACAUGGGAACGUCAUGUUCAAAUUUAUUUGGCGUCCGUUGAAGUGAUUUAUAAAAUGCAAGUAAAGAUCGAAAGAUCGACAAAUUCCGAUCACAAUCAGUCCGAUAAGCUGAAGGAACUGCGAGGCCAAACGAAAGCAUUGCUGUGUGGCAUACAUGAUUUCAGAAACAAAACGAAAAAUCGUAAGGAAAACCACACUGGAAUUUCGGCAAAACAAAUGAGCGAGAAAAUAAACUUCAACAUGACGGAAGACUUGAUCACAAUGGAUCUCCACAAGCAUUUCCUAAAAUGUCGCUUCCAGUGCUUCCUGGAGGAUAUGCAACGUCAUGUCAACUCGUUGAUCGAAAAACUAAAGAAAGGCAGACCAACGCGAAAAGUUCGCACCACAAAGAAACCAAGAAAGAAGCCGAAAAAGGGACACAACAAAAGAAAUGAGCUCAAGAAUAAAUGCUGCAUUGUAAAUAAUACACCAACAAGCUCGACCACGCCCAGAUCAACACUGAGUGAAGUACGGAAAGCAAACAACAAUAAAAAGAAGCUAAGUGCAAGCCAACAGUCAAAAUUAAUUAAGCAAAACCAGAAGAAAGUUCAACGCAAGGGUAAUAAAAAGUUAGUCCAGUAAUUCCGAAUGGGAUUCUUUUCGAGUAGAACUCCGCUUCCGACCGUAAGAAGAAGGUUAACGAAAAGCGUGUGAAAUAAUUCAGUUUCUGCUUAGGAAGGCAAACAUUAAAUUAAAUUUAAAUGCCUUGCGAUUCAAGCUUGUAUUUGAUUAUUACGAUAGAAGUGAAGCAAUAACAUAGUUACUAAAUGCAGCAAUGAAACAGUAUUUCGUAGUAAAUUAGAAAACAAUCGAUGCAUUUCACUUACCAUCAUUACUGAAUUGUAAGUUUUAUCACGAUAACCAUAUGAAAUAGCUACAGCGUAAGAUAGACUGAAUAAUAUAUUUCAUAUGAUUAUUUAUUUAAAUAAUUAGGAAAAAACUUACUGUGCUGUGAUAUUUGUAUAUUAUGUAUGUAACAUAAUUGGUUUUAUGAUCCAAUCACACCAAAAAGUUAGACAUAACGCUUUUUAAACGGUCAUUGAAUCCAACCAGUAUUAGCAGAUGACACCUUGUUUGCAGACAUUUACUCACUGUAACUGAAUGUAGUUGUACAAAGAACCGUUAAGUAUUAGUUUGUAUCACAAACGUAAGCCUAGCUCUCCGUGACAGUUGGGCCAAUAGCAUAAUAAACUUGACAAUAUAGUAUUAUGAGAUGAAAAGUUCCUGAAUAGCUGAUAAGAAAAUUUUUGAAAAGAUGUUUGAAGAAAUAGAAUAGCUAGAAUUGAGUUUAUUGUUAGUAUACGCUGUUGAUUCACUUUAGUUGUCCUUAGAUAUAUAUUUUGUGAAGUCAGUGCUAUGUUAUCAAGUAAGAUAUGUAGAUUAUUUUUCCAGUGCUAAUUUAUUCUUCCAUCAUGAAUUAAUUUAUUACAUUCUCACAUCAGUAUUCAUGUCAUUCAACCAACAACUCGACUUAAUAAUGAUAAAAUAAAUCGAAAGAAAUUGUUUUUAAAACAUAAAAUGUCGCCUUAUGAAUGAAACUGAAAAGAAAUUCUUGUUUAUACACAAAUAUUUGAAAUUUCUUGUCCCAACUUUCCGAACCCUCUAAGCAGAAUACCCUUUUCGAACGAGUGUAUUCAGUUUUGUACCUUUUAAUUCCGCCCUCUUUUGCUUAUCCUUUGACAGAUACGCGUAUUUCGACUACCACUUGUAAUCUUCCUCAGUGGAUGAUAAGCAAACGAGGGCGGAAUUAAACGGUACAAAACUGAUUACACAAACAGAUCUAAACUCGAACAAUUUCGAUUGUACAUCAAUGUAACGGUCAUUUUUUUCUGUAAACGGUCCAGCAUUUUCUUCUUUUGUCACAGUGCUCGUUGACUCGUCAAGGGGGGGACGAUAUAUAAUUAAUGCUUUUGAUGAAAAAGUACCCAAACAAUUAGGCAAAAUCAUUAAACUCAGCGGACUUGUUAAGUAAUUUUCUGAGCGACUCUAAUUUUACCUUAGAAAUUUUAAUUUUUUUGUGAAAUUUAUUUGUGUCCCCCCUCAAAAUGUUGGAUUCCAACCAAAAUUUUCCGAGGGGGCGGUGACAUAAGAGAAAAUCGAAAUUUGUGUCAGCCUAAUUGAAUAGAAAAAUAUGAUACAACGUGCUUAACAACCUUUUCGGGCUGUCAUCUUGAUCAUACACGGAAUGGUACAUACAACCAGUGUAUAAAACAUUUUUCUAAGCGCAAUGGUCCCCUAAUAGUCCAUUCUACGGGCUGAUUUUAUGAAUGACAGGAGGUUGCGUCCUAACCCGUGAAAAUCAAUAUCAUCAUCAACAUUGUUGCCACUUCGUAGAAUGGCUCAUGGCGCUUUUUGACGUUUGCAUACUACCGCCACACACUGGGGCAGGACUGAAAAUACAUGGAAAAAACCUCUAGCUCGUCGAGAUGUCGAGAUACUCAUUUGGUGUCUUGAGGGAAAAUAUUUCUAUGGACAAGGUCGAUAUUCUGAGCGGUAGGUAAUUUUUCCUUACGUUAUUCGCAUAAAAGUCCUAUAAGUCAUUUUGGCCAAAUUACAUUUUAGCGAACGGUGUCUUUGGCAAAGUUAUUCGCUAUUUAUGCUGAAGACGUCAAAUUUCCAAAGCCUAUUAUUCUUGAGAUAUAUAACCGAUUUAUAAAAUACCUACCUAAAAUCGAAAUUUUUCAUUAAAAUACGUUUCGGACAUUUUUGUGUUUUACAAUUUGUUUGAAGCUUAGAAACAAACAAACCUGUGACUAGAUUGCAUCUAUACUUUUCAUAGUUCACUUGGCAUCUUACAACGUAGUGAUUUAUGAGCACAAAUUUUGUACUAAUUUACCUAAAACAGUAAACUUUGAACCCUAUUUAGAAAAAAAUCAUCAAAAAUCAUGUCUGUGAUUUUUUUACAUGAGAGCUAAUGUAUUUUUUAGGUGAUUGCCGAUGAAAAAACUUGCCCGAAUUUGCCCGACUGCCAGAACGUCCUAUAUACAUUUUGCGUGAUUUUCGGGAACUUUCUAUAUAAAAUCAAUGCAUAUUUUAUUUUUUCCAACUAAUUUCCUCGAUAUAUGUUUUAUUUUAGUAUUUUUCAUUAUUAUAACUUAAAAACGGACAUUAAAUUUGUUUAAAAACGUAUUUUAAUGAAAAAUUUCGAUUUAAGGUAGGUCUUUUAUAUAUCGAUUAAUAUCUCAAAAAUAGUAGGCUUUGGAAAUUUGACGUCUUCAGCAACAACUUUGCCGAAGACACCAUAUGGCUAAAAUGUAAUUUGACCAAAUUGACUUAUAGGACUCGGUGUGAAGAAUUAGCUUUAGUUAAAAUUUACAAAUACAAUGAAAUCAAAAAAAAAAACUUAUAGGACUUUUAUGCGAAUAACGUAAGAAAAAAUACCUACCGCUCAGAAUAUCGACCAUGUCCAUAGAAAUAUUUUCUCUCAAGAUACCAAAUGAGUAUCUCGACAUCUCGACGAGCUAGAGGUUUUUUUCAUGUAUUUUCAGUCUUGACCC